AUGGGGGACUCCUCCGACGGGGGCUCCGCUAGUGAUUCACAGUGGAGCGACUCCCUGAUUGGGGACUCCCUGACGGGGGCGACCCUGGGUGAUGGCUACCCCUCCACGUGGAAAUCAGUGCGCAUCAAAAAAGGCGAAGCACCCGAGACUCCCCUGUCAUCACACAUGUCACCCGCAUCACAACUUCUUUGCAACUUGAAAGGCCAAUUUUCCACGUCGAGAAAAAAUACCGAAAGGGGCAUUUUCAAACGCGUAUGGAUGGACGAAGAUGAGCUGGGAGGAGGAGAAUCAACAAAGGAGGGAGAGGAGGAAGAAGGACAAUAUAAGUACUUUUACGAAACUAGGUUCAGCAGAGACAGUGUGUUUAGAGCAAACAUUGAUGAGUAUUCGCUAAGAAGGACUGUUUUGCCGGUUCGAGAAGGGAGAGGUGGGAAAAAGAAUCGAAUCGGGGAUGACGCCAAAAAUGGGACGAAGCUGGACGGACGCAAAAUCACACGUGAGGUGAAUCCCCGAACGGGUAGAACCUCCCAGGCGGGGGGAGAGGCGAAAGAAGAACGCGGUAACAUCCUGCUCGAAAACGCCUGGAUGGGGAUGAAACUGGGGGAAGAAGGGGCUUCAUUUGGUGGCGGCCCUUUUGGUAGCAGCCCUUUUGGUAGCGGCCCAUUUGGUAGCUCCCCAUUUGGUAACGCCCCCUUUGGUAACGCCCCUUUUGGUGGCACCCCCUUUGGUGGCGGCCCCUUCCGCAGUGACCCCUACUUGUGCUACCCCCUGCAGCUGUGCAGCUGGGACUCAAAAGAAAGAAGAAGCAUCGCCAAGGAGCCGUACAAAGUACUGAGCGCCCCCAAUUUAGUAGACGAUUUUUAUCUUAACUUA